UCUGCAUCAGCGCUACCUACACUGCGCGCUAAGCCGUUUCCCUUCUAACGGCGUGAAACUGUGCUGUCCACCCUGCAAGGCCGCAACAUCGCUGGGGCAUCCGGGCGACCACUUCACCUCGCGUGCGUGUACUUCAAACCAAAAAGUCGCCUGUAGUAUACCUUGCAUAUGACUAUUAUGAUGAGUGACCAAGCCUAGGAUUGGCUGGGUUGAGCCCCCAGGAAAAUGCUCCCAAUCCAAGGGAAGCCGGCUCGGCCGCUGCGCGAGCGCUUCCUAUGCAGUAGGUUUGCCAGCCGCAACCACAAAUGCCAGCGCAUUUUGCCGCGAGCAGCAGAGGGCGAGCGCCUGCUUGCCGCGACGGCCGUGGCAUUGCUGGUUGAGAUGUCAUCAGCAACGCAGGUGUCUGCAUUUGGCCUGGGACCGGCUGUCGCCUGGAGCUCGGAAGCAGCCACCCCCACGACCCUUAUAGCGGAACCCCCCGCGCCUCCCGCGUCUGCGCCGCUACCUGCGCCACUGCCACCACUGCUGUCCGCGUCGCUGCCGCCCUCAGCCCCCUCGGAGGGGCUUUCAAUGGCCCCCGCGGUCAGCAGAGACACCCCAAUCACCACCAGCACAGUCAGUGGCGGCGGGGGCGGUGGCGGGGGCGGUUUCCUGGGCUUGUUCGCCGCCAGGGAAGCACCGCAACAACAGCGGCAGCAGCAGCAGGCCGCAAUGGCGGCAGUGCAACAACAGCAGCAGCAGCAGCAGCAGGAAGAGGAGGAGGCGCCGCAGGCGUUAGCAAACCCCAAUGCGGGGGCAGGUCGGAGGGCAAGGGAAUCGGCGCGGAGGAGCCGCAACAACGUGGUGGCUGCGGCUGCCGCUGUGGAGGAGCCCCCUGCACAGCCCGGCAGGCAGCAAGCACAGCAGCAGCAGGGAGAACAGAAGCAGGGAGAGGUGCCUGCGGCUGCUAAGAAAGGCGAGGGCUCGCUGCUUACAUGGAUCCUGGAGCGGGCGGCCCUCCUCUCGGUGGGCGGAGUGGGCGGUGUGGCGGCGGUGCGCGCCCUCACCUCGCCCGCCGCACGAGCUGUCAAGGUGGAAGAUGCAGCAGCCCGGGCUGCUGCUGCUACUGCUACUCCUGCCCAGGCUGCUUCUGCCUCGACGGCUGCUACCUCUGCUGCUGCCGCGGCCUCCCCAGCUGCUGCCACUGCGGCGGCUGGGACCGCUGCUGCUCUGCAGGGCCAACCCCCGCCAGCUUCCCUAGCUCCCGAACGUCCCAUCUGGGCCCCAGGUCGCGGCAGCCCAACGGGCUCAGCGGGUGACAGCAUGGCUCCUCCUCCUCCUCCUCCAGCAUCCCCGGCUGCUGCCGGCGCCCCUUACUACAGUCCCCCGCCGCCGCCUCCCUGGUGGUACGGCCGUUAUCCCGGGUACGAACAAUACGGACCGUACGAUGGGCCGUACACCGCCCCGCCGCCUUCUGUGCCGUACAACCCGGGGUAUGGCUGGCGGCAGCCUCCUGUUGCGCGCCAAGGUGAAGAACCCACAACAGAGUCGCCAGCGGCGGAGGUCGCUGCUGAUAGCGAGUCGUACUAUCCGUACUAUUACCCUGCACCUGGGGGGUAUUGGUGGGCAGAUCCCCGGGGAGUCCCCGGGCAGUCGCCUCCGCCCACGCCGUACGGCCCCUACUGCAAUCUGCCGUACGGGCCUUACGGAGGACCCAUGCCGCCGUCGCCUAUGAUGCCACCGCCGACUGUACCGCCGCCGCCGCCGUCACCGCAAACGAGACGAGGGUUUUCUGAGCUGCCGUCGAGCUCAAUUGCACGGAAGGGACGCAAUCCCUGGGCUGUCUCGGAGGAGAAAGGGAGGCCAAGUGACGGCGAGCGUUUGAACGUAACGGCUGCAGUGGGGUCGGGGACAGGGACGACUGCGUUCCCGUUGGCGGCAGCGCAGCAGCAGCAGGGGUGGGAUGCGGAGGGAGCUCUUCGCAGCGGCAGCGGAUGGGGUGAGGAGCCAGCAUCAACCACCCCCGAAGCAGCACCGUACGAUCCUGAUUACGAUGCUGAUUACGUCAGUACGGCGUAUGCGGAGCUGGAGGACAUGGAUGCGGCGAUUGCUCGGCUGCGUGCAAAGAUGGAGGAGCUGCAGCUGCAGGAGGAGGAGGG